AUGGGUCUCCGUACAAGACGACCUCAGUCGCCCGCGUCAAAGCCACUCCCCUCCCUCUCGCUCAAGCGGGAGGAGAACGGCAACGGCAAGAUGAGCAACGGCGUGGAGAUGCGGCGCAAAACCGCCACGCACCAGGAUCCGGACAGCAUCGCGGCGAACCACAUUUCCCGCGAGGGCUUCUCCCUAGACCACCCCGUGCCCAAGACGCCGACCUCGACCGACGUGGGCUUCUUCCAGCUGCCCGCGCAGGACCAGAGGAGCUUUCUGCUGCUGGUCUUGCUCUACUUCUUGCAGGGUAUCCCCAUGGGGCUCGCCAUGGGCUCCGUGCCCUUCCUGCUCAAGAACCACAUGUCGUAUGGCGAAAUCGGCACCUUUAGCCUGGCGUCGUAUCCCUACUCGCUCAAGCUGUUUUGGAGCCCGUUUGUCGACGCGGUAUGGAGCUCCAAGAUUGGCCGGCGGAAGACUUGGAUCGUGCCCAUCCAGUUCCUGUCCGGCUUCGGCAUGCUCUGGCUGGGGUCCAACGUCGAGGACAUGAUGGAAAAGAUUGGCAAGGCCGAGGGCCCCACCGUCUGGUCCUUUAUGCUCUGGUGGUUCUUCUUGGUGCUCAUGUGCGCGACGCAGGAUAUUGCCGUCGACGGCUGGGCCCUCACGCUGCUGACUCCGGGAAACGUGUCGUAUGCUUCCACGGCGCAGACCGUGGGCCUGACGGCGGGCCACUUCAUGUCCUACACAGUCUUCCUCGCUCUCAACGCCUCCGACUUUGCCAACAAGUGGUUCCGAAACACGCCCUCCGACGAUGGUCUCGUCUCGCUCGGCGGCUACCUCACCUUUUGGGGAUGGGUCUACAUCGUCGUCACCAUUGGACUGGGCCUGCUCAAGCGCGAAGAAAAGUCGCAGAACGAGGACGGCGUUUGGGACGUGUACCGCAUCAUGUGGGGGAUCCUCAAGCUCCGCAACGUGCAGACCAUCAUCAUCGUGCACCUGAUUGCCAAGAUUGGCUUCCAGGCCAACGACGGCGUCACCAACCUCAAGCUCCUCGACAAGGGCUUCGGCAAGGACAACAUGGCCCUCACCGUCCUCAUCGACUUUCCCUUUGAGAUUGGCGUUGGAUACUACGCCGGCAUGUGGUCGCAAAAGUACACGCCCAUGCGGCUGUGGUGCUGGGGCUUCGCGGGCCGCCUGUUGGCCGCACUGAUUGCUCAAGUCACCGUGGCCAUUUUCCCGGCGGAGGGAGUGACGACGUGGUAUCUCCUCGUCGUCAUUGGCGAGCACGUGUUUUCGACAUUUACAAACACCAUCAUGUUUGUCGCCAUCUCGGCAUUCCAUGCCAAGGUAUCUGAUCCGGUCAUUGGAGGCACUUAUAUGACGCUCCUCGCAACCGUUUCUAACCUUGGAGGCACAUUUCCUCGGUAUUUCGUCUUGAAGCUUGUAGACGCCUUUACUGUUGCGACUUGCCAUCCCGGCUCCAAGAGCACGAGCAACUUGAAGGGCCCUCUUGUCACGGAAUCCUUCUCGUGCGCCAUUCAGGGGGAGAAGGAACGGUGCCUAAACGGCGGCGGAAGCUGCGAGAUGAUGCGCGACGGAUAUUACACUGUCAACGUCCUCUGCGUCGUGUUCGGCGUGGCGACAUUCAUGUGGUAUAUCAAGCCAAAGGUGCUGCACUUGCAGAGCCUGCCGCUGAGGGCGUGGAGGUUGGCCGGCGGCGGUAACAAAUAG